UUUUCAAUGCCAGUCUCAUCACAAAUUGAAAAAGAUCUAACUAAUUUUCAACCAGUGUUAUGCCAAAGGCUUAAAUUAAAUUCUGAUGUUUUGAAUCAUAUUUUUACAUCAAGAGUUAUUAACAAAAUAGAAAGCAUUUCAUCCGACCCUCUUGAUUUUAUGACAAAAAUCAAUUAUAACGAAACAACUCUAGGAGAUCAACUUAAUUGUGCCCUUGGCUUCUUUUUCGAUAAGAAAAUAAAACCGAUUAAUCACAAAUGGAAAAUCAAACAAAAUGCAAUUCAAGAAGAUUUGAAUUAUAAGAAACAACGAACACAAAUUUACAAAACAAUGUUGAAAGAGAAUAUUUUUCCAAAUUAUUUCGAGUUUAAAAAAUGUAAUAAUGAUGUAAAAUUACUAUUUACUGAUAAAUGCAGUCAAUAAACAUGAUAAAAUAUAAAUA